AUGUCCCGCGUGCUACAGAAGCGCGUCGGGUCGUUUGGGAUCUAUCGACGAGAUGUGGCGACUGAGCCGGCCUCAUUGUUCCACGACCUUGAUACUGUACAAGCCGAACAAAGCUCGCGGACGUACACAAGCCCGGUGGGCCGUGCGUGGCAAUACACAUCAGAAUGGUCUAUCCCGUCCCGCUAUGACGCGGCGCUGCUCUCUCGGAGCGAGAUACGUGGUGCAAAGUACCAGAUAGAAGCACAGACGCGUGGCGGCCCUCAGCUAGAACCCACAGCGAAAUAG